AUGAAUGUUUGUCUUAGCAAUGAAUAUCUCUCAGAGGAGGCUCGAGAGGCAGAGGAACAAUGUCGAUAUCGAAAAAAUAUUUGGGUCGGGUUCAUCGAACCGCCACAAAAGAAUUGUGGAGCCUUCGAUCCGGUUUUUCUCGUGCUCAUUGGUAUCACUUCACUAGCACCGCGGACCGAAAGCCAACGGACCGUUCUCCACCCGGUCUCCUUCAGACGGAACACGGAUGAAACGAUUUCCCAUUUACAAAAUAUGAGAUAUACUCAUUGGAACCAGUACUCGAUACCUCGGAAGAGAUCACCGGACUUCGAUCAGGGAUACCAAAGCAAUCCAGACAGUCAAGGAUUGUAUGAUAGACAAUUCACUAUGCCUAGGUAUCCUCAAUAUUAUGACAGUCGGGCGUCGAGUGGCUUACUUCGCGGGGAAUCCAUACAGAGUCCCACUAUAUCUGGGGACGGUAGAUUGCUGUCAGAAUCGGCUUUUACGAGAAUAUCAGAAACCCUCGGCGCAAUAAACACGGUAGGGCAUUAUCUCGUAGAUAUGGUAAACGACAAUGAUCGUAAAGAUGGUGACCCAAAUUUACAACAACUCCCCCAAGCUUUGUACACUAUCAGUAAAAACGUUUUAGGAAGAAACGUAACUGAUAAAAUUGCGCCUAUCGUAAAGAAAGCAUUACCAAAAGUACUCCCAGAUGCGCCGAUAACCAAAAUAGCGACGGCCAAUGUGAACGAAAAUGAUGCUAAAUCCUGCAGAACUCCUGAGGGAGAAGAAGGGGUUUGUGAAGAUCUAAGCAAUUGCCCUCAACUGUUAUUGAAUUUAAUAAAUCUCAGAGAAUCGUUGUGCUUCAAAGACCUUUUUGUUCCCGGAGUAUGCUGUCCAAAAGAUGCUGUAGUACCGUCGACACCGGCAGUAGCUAUCAAACCUGUGCUUGCCACCACAAAGAAACCAACUUAUCUGGUCCCUGUAUCGACGCAGAAAACGACAACUUCUAUACCUUCCACAACAAGUAAACCUUCAGCAGUUUUAGUCCUGACUACAAAGAAGCCCAAACCGAACACAACUACAUUAACGCAUGUGACUAAACCAACCGCGACCACAACAAAAAUACCAUCGACAACAUCAUUUUAUACCGUAGCUCCACCUGUCAUUGGAAAUUACUCUAAUAUUGUGGAUGUUAAUGAGUGUGGUCAGCGUGAAGACGAGGGUGGUCGUAUAGUUGGUGGGUCGGAAUCAAAACCUGGAGCUUGGCCGUGGAUGGUAGCUAUUUAUCUACACGGCAAUAAGAGAAGAGAAUUUUGGUGCGGUGGCACAUUGGUCGGAAGACGUCAUGUGUUAACAGCUGCUCAUUGUACCAGAGAUUCUAAACAAAGGCCAUUUCCUCCUCGCCAAUUUACCGUUCGUCUCGGUGACGUAGACCUGUCACGUGAAGACGAGCCGUCCCGUCCCGUAACGAUGCGCGUGGUUGCCGUUCGCGCCCAUGAACAAUUUUCAAGAGUGGGAUUUUACAAUGACAUUGCAAUCUUAGUCCUGGCGGAUAACGUGCAGAAAUCGAAGUACGUGAUCCCAAUAUGCCUACCGACCGGAGACGUAGCGAGGCAGCAGUUCGACGGCGCGGUGGCCACGGUGGUGGGCUGGGGCACUACACGGUACGGAGGCGGUGAGAGCUCCAAACAGCUGGAGGCUAAGUUGCCAGUUUGGAGGAAUGAAGAGUGCGAUCGAGCCUACUUUCAGCCGAUCACUGAUACCUUCCUCUGCGCUGGAUACGCGAGAGGCGGAGUUGACGCGUGUCAGGGCGAUUCCGGUGGACCGCUAAUGUUGCUUGCAAAUGGCCGAUGGACACAAAUAGGCGUGGUUUCCUUUGGAAACAAAUGCGGGGAGCCCGGAUAUCCGGGUGUCUACACUCGUGUGACUCACUACCUUAGCUGGCUACAGCAAAAUGUUACAUAG